AUGUCUCCACCGCCAGGGCAACGGAGACAGGGGGAGGAGCAUUUGGUUUGUCGAUUGCAUAAAUCCUUGUAUGGUCUAAAACAAGCUUCAAGGCAGUGGUUUUCAAGAUUUUCAGAAGUUAUUCGGUCUGCUGGUUUUGUGCAAUCUAGAGCGGACUACUCUCUUUUUACCAGAAGGCAAGGCAAGUCUUUUACAGUCUUAUUGAUAUAUGUUGAUGACAUAUUAAUUACUGGCAAUGAUCCUGUGAGUAUAGCUGAUGUCAAGAAUUUUUUGCAUAAAACAUUCCGUUUGAAAGAUCUUGGCUGCGUAAAGUAUUUUCUUGGCAUUGAGGUUUCUGCAUCCAAGAGAGGAAUUUUUAUUUGUCAACGCAAGUAUGCGUUAGAAAUUAUAAAAGAUGCAGGAUUAUUGGGCGCUGCCCCUGUUGAUACACCCAUGGAACGUGGUUUAAAGUUGUCAGAUAAGACUGAGUUACUCAAAGAUCCAGAGAAGUAUAGGCGUUUGGUUGGAAGAUUGAUCUAUCUCACAGUGUCAAGGCCAGAUAUUACAUAUCCUGUUCAUAUAUUAAGAAGGUUUAUGCAUCAACCUCGUAAAGCCCAUUGGGAGACAGCUUUGCGAGUGGUACGCUACCUCAAGUCAGCUCCUGGUCAAGGCUUAUUCUUUUCCUCAAAUAGUGAUCUUCGGCUACGAGCCUUUUGUGACUCAGAUUGGGCCUGGUGUCCACUCACAAGAAGGUCUACUACAAGGUAUUAUGUGUUCUUAGGACCUUCUUUAAUCUCAUGGAGGUCGAAACGUCAAAAAACAGUCUCUUUUUCUUCAGCUGAAGCAGAGUAUCGUGCUAUGACAGGAGCUUGUUGUGAAUUGACUUGA